GAGCGCGGCUCCGAGACCGGUCCCGCAGCAGCUGUGCGCCGUGGCCGAUGGACAUGGGCACACAGGGAUCCGGGCGCAAGCGGCUCCCCAACCGGGAGCGGCUGACGGCGGAGGACGACGCGCUCAACCAGAUCGUGCGUGAGGCGGAGGCUAGGCUUGCAGCGAAGCGUGCAGCCCGCGCCGAGGCUCGAGAGAUCCGGAUGAAGGAGCUGGAACGGCAGCAGAAAGAGAUCUAUCAAGUCCAAAAGAAAUAUUAUGGGCUGGACACAAAAUGGGGCGACAUCGAGCAGUGGAUGGAAGACAGCGAGCGCUACUCCCGUAGAUUCCGGAGAAACGCCUCGGCUUCUGACGAAGACGAGCGCUUGUCCGUGGGUAGUCGUGGCAGCCUAAGGACUAACGGUUACGACGGAGACUAUUGUGGAUCCCAGUCCCUUAGUAGAAGAUCUGGCAGGGCGUCCAUGCUGGAUGAGAGCAGCCUCUAUGGGGCUCGGAGGGGAAGCACCAGUGGUUCUCGAGCACCUUCAGAGUAUGGCGGCCACCUCAACUCCAGCUCCCGGGCCUCUUCUAGGGCCAGCUCUGCGAGGGCCAGUCCUGUGGUAGAAGAAAGACCGGACAAAGACUUCGCUGAGAAGGGCUCCCGUAAUAUGCCCAGCCUGUCUGCAGCCACACUGGCAUCUCUGGGCGGGACUUCCUCCCGGAGAGGGAGUGGAGACACCUCCAUCUCCAUGGACACCGAGGCAUCCAUCAGGGAGAUCAAGGACUCUCUGGCCGAAGUUGAGGAGAAAUACAAGAAGGCUAUGGUCUCCAACGCCCAGCUAGACAACGAGAAGACCAACUUCAUGUACCAGGUGGACACACUGAAGGACAUGCUGCUGGAGCUGGAAGAGCAGCUGGCCGAGUCUCAGAGGCAAUACGAGGAGAAGAACAAGGAGUUCGAGAGGGAGAAGCAUGCCCACAGCAUCCUGCAGUUCCAGUUUGCCGAAGUGAAAGAGGCCCUGAGGCAAAGGGAAGAAAUGCUCGAAGAAAUCCGACAGCUGCAGCAGAAACAGGCGGGUUAUAUCAGGGAGAUUUCUGAUCUUCAGGAAACAAUAGAGUGGAAAGACAAAAAGAUAGGGGCAUUAGAGAGACAGAAAGAGUUCUUUGAUUCCAUAAGGAGCGAACGAGAUGACCUCAGAGAAGAGACAGUCAAGCUGAAGGAGGAGUUGAAGAAACAUGGAAUAAUCCUAAAUUCAGAAAUAGCCACCAACGGAGAGACUUCGGACACAGUAAAUGAUGUUGGUUACCAAGCGCCCACGAAGAUAACAAAAGAAGAGCUGAAUGCCCUCAAGGCAGCGGGGGAAGGGACACUAGGAAAAGCCAAAGAAGUGGAGGUGAAAAAGGAAAUUGUGGAGAAAGUGGGGCAAAGAGAAACCUUACAGAAUUCUGAGCAAGAACAGCCCAAACUCAACACAGGAAAGGAUUGUGUGGACAGAGGGGUGUCACAUCCUGGUGAGAAGGCUGAGGACCAAAGACCCGUUGAAGACAGUGCCCUGUCCCCGGGACCACUAGCAGGGGCCAAGUGUGAGCAAGAGGUUCAGAGCCAAGACCAAGAGAACACUUCCGUCCUCAAAAGCCCAGAGCAGAGUGAGUCACACGAGGUCACAAACAAGUCAGACAGUAGGGACAGCAACUCCCCUGAACCGUCUAGCUGCCGGGGAGGUCCAGACAGUGAAGUGUCAGGGCCCACUGCCUUGGGUAUCAAAAACCAAAGUGAAAACUCUGUGGAUAGUCAGGGUAAAGAAAACCAAGAAGAUUUGGGAAAAGGUAGCUUUGAACCAGACCACGUUUUGGGGCAAACACCUGAAAUUGACAAGGCGAGCUGUACAGACUCAAGGGGCACAGGUGGGAACCACCUGGAGGAUGUGGUACAGGCAGGGGACACCAUAGUUGAGGACCAAGUAGGGACAAUGGCCUCUGCAGAGCAAAGCAAAAGCACGGAGAAUCACGUUGGAAGAAGUCUGAAUGAUGAGCUGGGGCAGAGCUCAGAGAGAGAACUCGCCCAUGAAGCAGCUGAGCUUGAGGAGGCCCUCACUCAGAGUUCACAGGCAGGCGGAGAGAACGCCGUUACUGAGGCUGAAGACGCAGCAGUAAGAGAUGAGAAGCCCCUCCAGGCAGAUGUCCAGGCAACCCCUGCAUCUCCCACAGUUCAGAGCGGCCAUCAGGACACGACAGGGCCAGGUAGCACAGACGCCAAGCGCACAUCACCUCACGCAAAAGAGCGUAACAAAGCAAAGAGCGAGCAGCAGGCAGAGGCCUUGGAUUCACCCCAGAAGAAGACUAAGAACAAGAAGAAGAAGAACAAGAAGAAGAAAGCCGCAGCUCCCGUGGAAACCUGCAGAGAUGCUAACGAAGAGUCAAGCUGUCAGGACCCAGAUGUGGGUGACGGGGACGAAGAAGAGCGGGUCCAGGUCACCGACCAGAAAUGGGUGGCAGAGACCCCGGAACUGAAAGAAGAUCCUCAAAGUCGGCCGAGUGGGAAACAGAACGACGCGGAGGAGGACAACGGUCCAGCCGAAGGUCCCACAGACGUCUUGGAUCAGAACAGUAUGCAGUGUGAAGACGGGGACAUCUCCCCAGUAGGAAGGAAAGGUCCCCAAAGGCAUGCCUCUCAGAUAGGUGGUGAAGAGGGACAUGUGCCCUCCCAACAUCCAGGCCAGACAGAUGAGAAGGGUAUUGAGGGCCACAGUGUAGACAACAGUGACCUGUCAGGGGAGCUGGGGGGCUUCAAUUCAGAAAGUGGAGAGCAGGCAAGAGAGGAGGUUGGGAACAGCAAGAGUAAAGAGGAUUGCACCAUGUCCUGAGGAGGCAGAGGCGGAAGGCAGGGCGGGAGAGUGAGUGUCAGCGCUGGUCAAGGACUUAGCCCCGUAAGCUCAGCCCUUCAGCCCUCAACUACAUCAGAAACUCCAUGCUUCCGUUCCACAGCCGAGGUUCACGGGCGUUCCAGUUUCUGUGGAUGUUCCGUGUGUCAGUCGAUCACCAAUCACCGAGCACCAACGACUUUAAGUCAUAGACUGUUACCUGUAGAUUUGAAUUUAACCCUUGAUCACCUAGCCAGCACUGUUGUUACUUUCGGUUCUAGCUGAGAACAUUCCCUUAGCCUCAGGGGACACCAGGUGUGCGUUUCAGCCUGAAGGUUUGCUUCAGGGCUGGAUGAACGCAAAUGUUCUUGACCAAAGGUAUCAGGAUCUGGUUGAAAUGACCAAACGGCGUUCGUAGAUUUCUGCAUUAUAAGCAGCAAAUAUCCAAAUAUGUGUUAUUCAAAUAGAAGUAUUUCCAUAUUUGAUCUUAAUAUGCACACCGUAGCCAGUUUGGUAUCGUACUUAAAGGAAUGGAUGGAUAAGUAGCAUAUAGGUCAGUGGGUGAGAGGAGCUACACCUGGGGUGGAGAUUAAUCUCUGUAGAGAUUCAGAUGUGAACCAGAAAACACAGGGAGACCAUGUGCUUUUACCUCACAUAACUACUUUAUUUUGCACCAAUGCUCUUGGAUCUUGUUGCCAAUGGUACCCAAAUUAAUUUUAUCAAAGACCUUUAUUUGAAAAAUGCGGGUGAUGUGAUAAAUUCAUUUUAUAUCGAAUAUUUUAUUUUUACUCUUCUCUGCUAAUGACAUGUUGAAAUUAUAUUUUCUAUUUUAGUACUGAAGAGAAACAGUCAUUAUUUUUUUUUCAAUUUUAAAGUUAUCCUUCUGCCUGAAUGUCUACUUAAAAAUUACAAAAGGCUGUUCUUGUGCAAAGGGACCCAUUAGAUAAUGAUUCAAAAUUUUGCGUCUGGUAUAAAUAUUUUUAUUUGUUGUUUCUCGAUAUUUUUUCUUAUUGGAAAGUUGUUAUUUUAUCUGCCUGAAGGAAGUAUGUAUUUUCUAUAUAAAGAAGCAUUUAGAAAAUAACUGUAAAGUUGAAUCUAAAAGUAUUAGCACAUAUACAAUCACCAGAGGAUUACUGUAUGACUGCUGUUGAUGCGUUACGGAAUCAUGUGAAUUCAUACUACUGUUACAAGGUAGAGUGGAAUGCAAAAUGACCAAAACCUCAGUAAAAUUUGAGGCAAACUGAAGUGUCAUAUAAUUGAAAUAAAAGAAUUUUAUAAUUUUACAA